GCGGGUUUCAUGUGGGCUUUGGCGUGAGGGGGCUGGAGUGACUCGGGGUUGGCGGCGCGCUCUCGUCCUCCGCACCGCUGCCUGGGCCCGGAUUCCUGGACUUCAGCUCGUGAUUGAGGCUGGGCAGGCAUGUUCCACCCACUCCAGUGGAGGCCUCCCUCCAGCAUUUAUUCCUACUACAGUAACUCAGCCCGCUUCUUUGGCUACAAAGGGAAAUUAGGUUUCUGGCAGAAUGAAAAGACCUUGAAGGGCAGUUUCCAGUGGCUGUUUGCAUGGCUACAGAAAGGUGCAGAGAAAUGUCCAAGGCAGAAGAACCUCCUCUCCCUGCUGGCCAACCAGUGCAGCUAUGUAACCAGCCAGAGGGUCUGGCGAGCCCAACAGAUUGGACAAUUGUACAGUAACAUCUACUCGGAGAAGACACGUAAGAGCCUCUUCACCUCCUUGUGGCGCAAGUUCCAAGGACGUCAUGGUAAUGCUGGUAAGCUGAUGGCUGCCCUUACUGGUGUGUUCUUGUGGGAAGAGGAAAGAAUCAAAGAAGAAGAACUCAAAAGGUCCGCAGAAGAGAUGAAGCGGAUAGAAGAAAUAACCAGGCUGUUUCAGAGCAAUGAAAGGGAGAACCAGACACAUGGGGCAAAGCCCCACAAGGACAUAACUUCUGAUCCUGAGGAGCAGAGCUGGGAAAUGGUGAUGGACAAGAAGCACUUCAAGCUGUGGCGGCGCCCAAUUGAGGGGUCUCAUCUGUACCAGUAUCGAGUCUUUGGGACAUACAUGGAUGUGACUCCAAGGCAGUUCUUCAAUGUGCAGCUGGAUACAGAGUAUCGUAAGAAAUGGGACUCAUUAGUCAUCAAGCUGGAGGUGGUUGAGAGAGAUCAGGACACUGGAUCGGAGGUUGUUCACUGGGUAACUCACUUUCCAUAUCCAAUGUACUCACGGGAUUAUGUGUAUGUCCGACGGUACAACGUGGACCAGGAGAGCAAUCUGAUGGUUCUGGUGUCACGAGCGGUUGAGCACCCAAAUGUCCCGGAAGAUCCUGAAUUUGUCCGUGUACGAACCUAUGAAUCUCAGAUGGUUAUUCGGCCUCACCAAACGUUUGACGAGAAUGGCUUUGACUACCUGCUAACAUACAGUGACAACCCCCAGACUGUGUUUCCUCGUUACUGCGUAAGCUGGAUGGUCUCUAGUGGCAUGCCAGACUUCCUGGAAAAGCUGCAUAUGGCAGCCUUGAAAGCCAAGAACAUGGAAAUUGAAGUGCAAGACUAUAUAUCCUCCAAGCCUACAGCAGGAGGGAGCAGCAGUAGCAGUGAGGAGAAGGCCAGUGUGCCCAGUCAGGAGCACAAGGGUGAAGAAGGGUCUUGCAGCCAUAUUCAGAUGGACUAUGCUUAAAGGAGGGUGUUCCUCCCCAAAUAGGCUGCCCAAGGGAUGACCAAGGAGAACUCUGCCACCAAGGCAGGAAGCUGCUGGGCCAUUAGGUUAACAUCGGAAACAUUCACCUGGUCUCCUCUCUCCAUUAUCCUUGCCCUUUCCUGUCUUCUGUGUCUGUGUUAGGAAGAGACUAAUGAUACCAUGGUGGCUUGGAGCCAAGCCUGGCAAUUUUGAAAAGUUGUCGUGUGUAGCUAUAUCCAUACUAGUGAUCUUAUUUCCCACUGGGAGUGCUCUCCUUGAUGGUUUGGUGCUGUCCAGAUGCCUUUGAGGGCCUGCAAAAUUGCCUGGCUGCUGCAGCCUUUAACAUUUUUUUGUACAUAUGGCAAAAGGACACUGGUAGUGCCUGAGUAUGUAUGUUGUGUGAAGCUAGUCCAAAAGACAGAGACUGGCUUCUGGGAACCAGGAAAUUGGAUCCCUUACAUCUUCGGCAGCACCUGCUAGUCCAAAUGAGUCCCUUGCUUUCUACCUUGCUAUGUACCCAUGUACAUGCCAAAGUGCCUUUUCUCCCUCUCUGGCACUACUGACUGCAGCCACAUCAGCUGCUAGAGGCAGGCCCCAAGCCUGGUGGAGGCUAUACAGGACCUCCUUGUUCAAUGCAACAUGCCUGAAAGAUGAAGAAAGGGCUAUUGUGUGUCUCCUUCCAUCAACUGCUGGCUUGGUGACAUUGAGCCAUUUCUGGUUCAAUUUCUCAAAAAGCAGCAGGUUGGGGCUUUAGUGUUAUUCUAAUGAAUGGUAUCAACACAUGUGUUGUCUUGGUGUCCCGGGUAAUGUUUGUGUUUUUGGGCAGCGGGUGGGCAGGGACAAGGAUUACAAAAUGAUUCACUGCCUGUGGCUCAAAGUUGGAAUAUCAUUACUGGAGAGCUUCUUGUCAUGGGGGUAAGGGCUUUAAAACAUUCUGUACAGCAGAUGAAAAUAUCCAGGGACUAACUUGUAACACACAAUUAAGAGUUUGUUUUGUGUGGGGAGAGCUGCAUUGAUCUCUCCUAGUUUUUGUGGGGUUUUAAAAUCAUAGUUUUGGUUUGGUUUUCCUCCUUUCAUCUAAACAUACUAGUUAGCAGGGUUCUGUUACGAUGCCCUGGAAUGGGGUGGGGGCAGAAUAUUCCCAAAUGAUACACAUACAAAGACAGUGCACUUGCAGUGAAGGAUUAUACCCUGUCUUAUGGUGUAUGCCUGAAACGGGGUCCUCUGAAGUGUGUUCUUCUGGCACAAGAGGUUCUGCUGAAUACAAAAUAAAAUGUUUCUUCUGCAGCCAAAAUUGUACUCCAUUUGCUAUUGCAUAUAAAUAUCCUCAGAACCAUUAGUGCCAAGGAAAAAAUGGGUUCUUGUUCCCUCAACUCCCAUUUUUUCUAAUUUUAGCAUGUGAUCUUUUUAAAGAAACCCUAUCUAGGGCAGAAAAUGUGAGCCACCUAGAUUGAGUUGAGCUAAUCUAGCUCUCAGUUGAGGAAGCUCUUCUCGGUUUGGUGAUUGACUACUGGUUGAAGGGGCCUGCACUGCUGGAGUGGGGGAGGUGGUCUUGUGCAUGAAGACCUCUUGGGUCUUGUUCUGUGGCCAGUGAGGGCUGUUAACAUAAGUACCAAUGGAUUUUCUUCUUGUGCUUUUACUUAAAGCUAGUGGUUUUUAUGAAAAACCCAAGCACCAAUAAAUUUAACAAAUUGGUAAA